AUGUAUAAGAUAUUAAGAACAUCUUGUAUCAGAACUAAAGUUGAUGACAAUCAUGUACUUGGAGUUUGGCAACCAAACUUCAAAAAGGAACACUUUUUAGAACUCCAAGUUAUUAUACAAACACAUUAUGAAGAGUAUAAAGAUAAUACUUUUGCUAUUGGUGUCAAAACACUGAUAGAUUGUCAAGAGUACUUUCAUAAGAGUGGGGGUAUCUUUUGGGCCUCUAAAGAGGUCAAUGAGGAAAAAAGAGAUAUAACAUUACGAUAUUUGGAAGGAGGGAAUGUAGAAAAAACUAAAAUCUCGCGAGAACUGGCACAAUAUAUUUUGGCGCACUACCAUACUGUUUUCGAUUUUGUAGAUCGAUCUACAAUGAUUGACGAUGGUUUAAAAACUAGGUUUAAACAUUAUUUAAAAUUUUUACUCAAAACGGCACAGAAAAACAUGGCGGUAAGUCAUUAA